UUUUCAUAGGAACAGCAUUUUUGUAAUUUAAUUUUAGAAAUGAUUUUUGUAUAAAAUGCUAAAAAUAGUCAUCAAUUGAACAGCAUGACACGCGCGUAAAUCUUAUCCCAGUUAUAUUUUUCAUUUGUAUUGGAUUUUAAAACUGCACAGUGUUAUCCGGAAAUGAAUCACUGAGAAUCCCCGUACAGGUAAAAUUGUCCCACCUUUAUUUGAUAACGAGAGCCAGGAAGUAUGAAAAUUGUCCACAUCCGUUAGAAAGUCUUUACAACAAGAUAUGGACACAUUAUCGGCCGUGAAAUACUCCAGACUAAGUACUAAAGAGGAAAAUGAUUCUCCGUACACGUGCAUUACACUUAAGAACUAUGGAUCAUCUGGGUCACGGCACCAAUUUACAAUCAACGGUCAUUUAAAUCCACUAGAUGUUGAAAAAACUGAAUACCCACCUUCAAAUGAAAAUGACCUCAUUCGUGUUCAUAAACCGCUAAAAGACAGAAUGAAAUAUGCCUUUCUUGCCUGCUUGUUUUGUUUUUUCCCUACUGGAAUUAUGGCUAUCAUCUAUGCAUCACAGGCAAGAUCAGCCUGGGAACGAGGCGAGGUAAAGAAAGCGCGGGAAAAAUCCAGCUUGUCUAAAGACUUUAUCCGAGCGUCUGUUUGUAUUGGAGGAAUAGCAUACAUUCUGAUAUUCCUAGUUAUUCUAAUUACCGUUAUUUUUAAUGUACAUGCCUGAUAUACAUCUAUCAUUUACAAGUUAUGAGGAUAUACCAUUUAUUCUUUCUGUAAGCUCGAAAAGGAACAAUAUUUUGUUUGUAUAAGUAUGAUCUAUAGCGAAAAUAUUAAGACUGAAAAUGAAAGUGCAUUUAUUGCAUUUUCUUCAUUAAUGCAAUUAUAACACAGACGCAUGUUUCUGUAAAAAAAAAAAUCACUCAAAGCAUAAUAAUAACAUAUGGUAUCUAACUCCGAAUUACAUAGAGUCCCCCCCCCCCGAAAGAAAAUGCACUGGCAAACUGUUUAUUACCAUUCUCUUCUACGAUACUUUAUCUACAAUACCAUACAUGGCAUGCUUUUAUUUCUGUAAACAGCGUCUAAACUCUGCUUGCCGACUGGAAAAUUCGUGUCACACCAUGAAGUGCCAUGCUCUACAGAGAGCAAAAUUUGAAAAUCAGUGGGUUUAAAAAAAUAAUUUCAGUGUUUAAAUAUUGCAUUAAUAUAUAAAAUUUGUUAAAGUUUUAUUUUCUUUUAAAACAUUUUGAUAUGUAAUUUUAGUCUUUAAGUCAAUCAAAAUCCAAGAAAAUAUUCCGCCAGAGAUUUGUACAUAGCACUUCAUGGUUUGAGACGAAUUUUCUAGUCCACGGACAGAUUUUGGCGCAGUUUUUGGAGAUAAAAGAAAAAAAGACAAGCAUGCCAUAAAUGGUUUUGUAAAUAAAUUUUAAAAAGAAAAAAAAAACUGUAAAAAAAAAAACAAACAAAAAAACAAACAAAAAAAAACGGGUUGCCAGUACAUUUUUUCUGAAUGUGUAAAUGGCUGCAAUUCUGGGGAGGGGUACUUCAUGUAAUUCGAAGUUAGUUACCUUGACAAAUGUGAUAUUAUUAUACUAUGAGUUAAAAAUUUAUCACAGAAACAAGUGCUAAUGAACUACACAAAAGGAAAGUGCAUAUGUCAUACAUAAAAUAGAAAAUAUUCAUGGUUUGAGUUUAAAGAUGUUUUAUACUUUGUAAUCGGUGAGGAAUUCAAUCUCAGAAUGCACUAACGGAUGAGUAUGAGGGGCAUUACAAAAAAGCAAGUGUAUACUGAACAUAUUUUGUCUGGAAUGAAAACGUGAGCACUGGUUCGAUUCCAUUACAUUAUUUAUUUAUUA